AUGACGGACGAAACCCGCAAGCGCGAGCAAUACGAAAACGAAUAUGAUAGACAAUAUCACAUCCGCAAAUAUGCCGCAACCGCAGCGCAGAUCAUCAACAAUGCUGCAGAGGAAGUCCCGCGAGAGAAAAUCGCAGCUUUGGCAGGAGAUGUUGGCCGAAAAUUGAAGCAUUAUGCUACCAAGAACCAGAGCGCAUCCACCAUCUACAACGAUGUCCGCCGGCAACCUAUCGAAAGCGAUAAUGCAGAACUGUCUUCUAUUAUUGCUAUUAGAGCACACGUUGACAUUACUAUGAUAAGGAAAGUCGCUCCAGCCCUAACGAAGAAAUUCCUAGAGGAAAUGCCAUUGAACUGCCCAGACAUCGACUCAUACAUUACUGCAAAAAUCCAGUCCCUCCGCAACUCGCCAUACCAACCUGCACAAAAAUUCAAGGAAUCCCACAUGAAGAAACCGGGACACUGGGGGCAGGAAAUUCACAAUAUCUCAGGUGUGGCCAACAUCGAGGAUCACAAGCGCACCCUAAUUCCGCCUAUCGAGGGAGGUGAGGCUGUUAUGACUCUCAAUCAAUGGCGCAUCCGAGAAAAUGAAUCAAGGCAAGAUCAGAACGAAAAAUGGGAGCGCCUACUUACUGCAAUGAUGCGAGGUGAAAUCCGCGAAUCAGCGAAGCUGAAGCGCCUUGACGACGGAAGAGGACCGCCCAUUAUCGAAGAACUGGAUCAGAUCGACAUCACCUGCGUUGCAGCCCGGCACGGCACAAAGGAACACAUGAACGCCACGAUGGGCAGACAGGCCAGUCUGCUGCGGUUCAGGCACAGAACACAGAAUGCAACCCCAAGCGCAAAUACGCCGCCCCCGCCAAAACUGUACGAAUGCCCGAAAUGCUACGUCAAGGCAGAAUGGGUUGAUUCCAUCAUUUGGCACUGGCAGACAAACCACGAGGAGGAAGACGGCCUGUUUGAGGAAUCAGCUGAAGGCGAAUGGUGGGCAGACUUUCACACCUGGCGCGGAACCCGGAGAGAAACCAGAUGCUUGUACUGUUACAGAUCCGACGACUGGGAAGAGAUACACUCUACCAAAAACGUAACCCCAGGAAGCGGAAUCUGUUACACCGAAUUGACGGCAAGGGAGCACGAAAUAUGGCAUCGACACCAGCUGGACAAAGCAAACAAGAGAGCAAGAUCUGCCAGCACCGACAACGACGACGCAGAAUCCGAAAUUGAUCAGAGCAGCCCAAAGCGACAGAAGGCGGAUUUCGAUUUCACGCUCAUCCAUAUCGAAAACCGAGGACCCGACAUGUGCCCCGACUGCUACACAAUUGCAGCAAGUUACAAAGACCUAGUAGAAUGCAUUCACCACUGGACGGAGAAACACGGGGAGGAAAUGGCAGUUCAUUCAAGCUUGGUUCCUGAUAUGGAAGCCUUCGAGGAGUACCUUCAGGACGCAGACGUGGUGUGCGAAUUCUGCCCGGAAGACGGACCCCUGCACAUGGAUCAACGGUCACUCGCCAUCCAUCAGAAACGGCAACAUGACGACAACAUGGGACAGGCAUCGGCACCGGGAUUGGACCCAUGCAUGGUGCCAGGUUGCGACACAAUGCUGGACAACAUCGGGAACCACAUGAACGACAAGCAUGCCGACACUCACUUCCACUGCGAGUACUGUCUCCGCAAGACAGGCACCUCACAAUACCAUUUGCGGGAAUCGCGCGCAACACACCUUGUGUCGCACAUUGCCGAUUUUCCGCGUGACCCGAGUCGCAACUACGACCCAGUCGUACGACAGGAACCGCUCCUGAUGUACCUCCAACUUGAGAAUGACCGACAGGCGGCAAACACAAGAGGCGAAAUAGGAACCGCUCUGCGCAAAGCUUGGAAAACCUUACAAGACGACACAGACGAAGAAAAAGCUAUCAAGAUCAACAAGGCCUACAGAAUGGCAAUGGGACGACAGACAGCGCCCCAGAAAGACAGAGCGUUUGUCUCCGGAGACGAGGCACUGAUCAGGGCAGAAAUCGCAAACGUCCCUGAGACCGGAAAUGAGGAGGCAGCCAGGGGACACUGGAUGACGAUUUCCGUUCAGGACAUGCAGGACGCAGCAAGCGGAAACCAGACGCGACUCUGCGAUUGCCAGAUAAACAACAACAUGGCAUUAAAGGAUUGGAUCGCCCACUUCAAGGAAUCAGCACCCGGAGACGGUCUGGAAAUGUCCGAUCUGCGACGCAUCGACACCAGCAGGCGAUUACGAGAGACACGUCCUGGAUUGCCAAUCGAUUGUGACGGCGGCAGCGGAAAUCGAGGGGACACAGCUUCUGCCAAUCUGGCACUGCGAAGAGUGCGGCGAAAGCAGGGAUCUCUUCAGCGGCACGUACAACCAUCACCAUCGGAAAUGGGCAAAAAGAAUAUGCUAUAUACCGAAACAAUCGCGCGACAGAGUUGUCUACAAUUCCGCAAAGCAGCGCCCGAACCCAGUCUUCUGCUGCGAUUACCUCUUCGCAACGGAAGCCAUGCUGGACAGGCACAGGCUAUCACACCCGCUGUUGACGCAGAUAUCGCCAACACGAUUCCCAUGAAGGUACAGAACGGAGCGACGAUGAUGGUGACCAAGGCCUCAGUCGCUGGGGAGGAAACAUAUGAUUAG